GGCGAUGGCUCCCGGCAGCACUCGAGAUUCCUGCGGUACGCCCUCCAACAGCCCAGCCGCACAUAGCGCCCCUCUCGUGGUCACACACUCAUCCUCCUGCACCCUCCUUCGUCCCCGGCAACGCCGAGCUGGCCGCGGGCCGCCCGAUGGACACACCGCUCAGAUGCUCUACCAGCGGCAGAGCGUCUCUGACUCCGCCGCCGCCAUCAUACGAGCAGCCGAGUGGAUCCCUUCUCCGGUCUCCUCGAUCUCUGUGGAUGAGCCAGAGAGUUUUUCUGUUAGAAUCUACCCCAAAAGUUUUAUCUGCUGUACCAGAAGGCAAAGGUGUUUCUUCUUGUGCAUCAGUGGGGGUUGCCACAAUGUCUGCUAUUGCCGCUGCCUAUGGUUUGUAGAUUGAAGAGCGAUCGAUCUCUAGGGGCUAUCCUGCCAGCGGGCCAGAAUUGGAGGGGAUUGUUUGUUUUGUGCGCCCGGCUUGGCGAUAAGUGCGACUUGGUCGUCUCAUGAGUCAUGACUGCCAUCCAUCCAUUUUCUAUAAUCUGCAUCAGCGGGUCCACCGGGAGCCCCACAGAAGGUAGAGCUAAUUUUAAGAGCUCUGGUGAUAAGCGGCGAUCAGCCGGUUUAAUCUUUUGAAGGUGCUCACAGGAAUAGUGUUGUGCGCGUGUAUUUACUAAAGAUGAGUGUAUGUACGUGUAGGUGAACGUAUGAGAUUUUACUGUAUUUUAAAUUUUUUUCUAAAUUUCUCCCCUGACCCAGUCUCUCCUCUCUUUCAAAAGGGGAAAAAAAACUUCUCUAAAGUGCUGAUCUGGCUGGCUCACUGCUGGAGCCAUCGCCAUUAACACCAGAAGACAAAGACGACUUCAAGUUGCUUGCCAUUAACACCAGAAGACAGAGGCGACUUCAAGUCGCUUCCCCGGCGUUGUCUAUCCUCAUCCUCCUCACCCCAUCUCUUGCGUAUGGUAGGGAGAAGCCAGAAAUAUUUUCAGGCAUUUCAGUACAGUUCUUCGCUCUCAGUUUCUGGGAGAUACAGAUACCUCCGUACUUACAUGGACACUAUGGUGGAAGUAAAGCUAUCAGACUUUGCAAUCUCAGUCCUCCAAAUGGCUUCAUCGUUUGGUAUAGACUGGGCUGUUAAUGAAAUAAAAUCAGCAUGGAACGUCAAGAAAGAACUCGGGAAUUUGGAAAGGUCACUGAGAUCUAUCUGUGCUGUUCUUCAAGAUGCCGAGGAGAAGCAGUCCACUUCUCACGCCCACCAAGAAUGGCUGGACAAUUUGAAAGAUGUUGUCUAUGAUGUAGAUGAUAUUUUAGAUGAUGUCGCCACCAGAGCUUUGGAGAAAGAAGUUUAUCCUGGCCUAUUCAAUCAGAUGAGUUAUCUGCUUGCUUAUCCCUUCAAAUUGAGUCGCAAAAUAAAAGACGUACGUGGAAAAUUAAACAAGAUAGAGGCUGAAAGAGUGCAAUUUAGAUUAACAGAGCAGCUAAUUGAUACCCAGGUAAAUAGAAACAGCAAUAGGGAGACCCAUUCCAACAUCAAUGAGCCAGACAUUAUUGGAAGAGAUGAAGCUAAAAACAAGAUUGUUGCAAUGAUUCUAACAGCUGCAGACUGCUCAAGUCCUUUGUCCGUGCUUCCUAUUGUUGGUUUAGGUGGCAUAGGAAAAACUGCAUUGGCGAAGUUGAUUUACAAUGAUGUGAGGAUUACUGAUAAGUUUGAACAUAGGUUCUGGGCAUGUGUGUCUGAUGUAUUUGACCUCAAGAAGAUACUGGACGACAUUAUACAAUCAUCUACAGGUGAAAGGCACACACAACUAAACUUGGAGAUGCUACAGAUCAAAUUGUAUGGGAUUUUACAUGAAAAGAGAUAUUUACUUAUACUUGAUGAUAUGUGGAAUGAUAAGGCUAGUGAGUGGGAUGAAUUGAAAAGCCUUUUGUCUAGAGGUGGGAGUGGAAGUGUGAUUAUAGUGACCACACGUAGUUCAAAUGUCGCCACAGUGGUGAAGACCUUGGAACCAUAUUGUUUGGAAAAAUUAAAGCUAGAUGAGAGCUUGCAAGUAUUUAUUCGGCAUGCAUUUAGAGGUGACGAAAACAAGGACCCCCAGUUGUUAAAAGUUGGGAAGUCCAUUAUAGAGAAAUGUCAUGGUAUCCCCUUGGCGGCGAAGACAUUGGGUUCCAUGUUGUGUAAUACUCGGGAUUUUGAAGAUUGGCGACGCAUCGAGAAAGACAAACUAUGGAAUUUUAAGCAAGAAAAAGACGAUAUCUUGCCAGCAUUAAAAUUGAGUUAUGAUGCACUUCCUCCUCAUUUACAAGCAUGCUUUGCUUCCUUAUCUACUUUCCCAAAAGGCUUGGAGCUUUUUACAGAUUGUCUUGUCAUGUUCUGGAUGGCAUUAGGAUUGUUGCCUAGAACUAGCGAAAGUAAAGAAGCAAUAACUAUUGGGACAAAGUACUUGCUCGAAUUUCUCGGUAGAUCUCUUUUCCAAGACCAUUUUUUUGCUCAUGAUGGCACCAUUCAAACUUGUAAAGUGCAUGAUCUUAUUCACGAUCUUGCAGUAUUUGUGUCCCAGAAGGAGAAUGUAGUUGUUAACAGUGAAAGUGUUAAUUUCUCUGAGAGGAACAGGCAAGUGGUAUGGGACCGCCAGGACUUCUCCAUGGAGGUAAAAAAAAAUUCUGAAGAAACGAAGAUAGAUUUUCAUAAGAAGCUGAAAAGGGCAUGCAAAGCUAGGAUAUUUGCAGGCAGAUAUAAUUGUGGCACUGUGAGUAAAGCAUUUCUUGAGGACCUUUUCUCCACAUUCACAUUGCUGCGCGUCUUGAUUCUUUCGGAACUUGAGUUUGAUGAGCUACCGGAUUCGGUUGGAGAUUUGAGAAACCUAAGACACCUUGAUCUACGAUGGAACAGGAAAAUAAAAUUCCUUCCAAAUUCUUUAUGUAAGCUGGUGAAUCUACAAACACUUCAUCUCAGUGGUUGUGACCAAUUAGCGGAGCUACCUAGAGAUGUCCAUAGACUUGUCAAUCUUACGAGGUUGGUCCUAACAUCAAAGCAAAAAUAUUUACUGAAAGAUGGGUUUUGUGGUUGGUCCUCCCUGCUAUAUCUACAAUUGAUUGACUGCCUUGAGUUAACAUCGUUGACACAAGGAUUUGGCAACCUCGUUGCACUUAGGGAGCUACUCAUCUUCCAUUGUCCGAAGCUAACUUCUCUCCCUUCUUCCAUGAAGGACCUCUCAACACUCGAGAGGUUAGUGAUUAAUAACUGUGAAGAACUGGAUAUAAUGGAACCAGAGGAAGCCUUGAGCAGGUUAGGAACUCUUCGUUCACUUGAACUCGUUGGACUUCCAAGGUUGGUGGGUUUUCCAGAGAGCUUCAAAUCUGCUGCAUUAUCACUUCAGUAUGUUUUGCUUAAGGAUUGCAAUUGGUUGGAGAAGUUGCCUGGUUUCAUCCAACAUUUCACUUCUCUUAAGAAAAUUGUGCUUUGCGAUUGCCCCAUGUUGAGCAGGAGAUGUGCGGUGGGCUCUGGUGAGGAUUAUCAUCUCAUCUGCCAUGUCCCCGUCAUGACAUUGACAGGAGGAUGCUCCAAAGGACACUUGAGGCUAUGGCAAGCUCGCAGAUUCAUAUCGUCCAUGAUUGAAUAAAUACGACACAAAUUUUCUAGGCAGUGUGCUCUCAGCUAAGCCUGACCCUUCUUUUCAAAUCAGUGUAGAGAAAUUUUACAAUGCCCGGGGAGGCGUUGAGAAGCAUUUCAUGUGUCUAUGAUUUGUGGGCCCAAAUGAGGGUAGGCGUUGGGAGGCGUCAACGAGGAGGCGUCGGGAGGUGUUUCAAUGUGUCUAUGGUCGGUGGGCCCGUAAAUGUCAUAACGCCUCCCAACGCUUCCCAAUACCUCAAGUUUAGAGGAUUAGAAAUUUCAUGGCAAUUGCUUUUUGUAGUUAUAUUUUUUAAUGAAGGGUAAAAGAGCAAACUCAUAAUUUUAAUGAGUAAGAUGAAUAUUUGUUUAAAGAAAAAGAUGAUCA